CAAAACAUCAAAUAAGCAACUUAUCUGGAGGAAAGACGUUUCUCUCUUCUAGCAAAUUCCAAGGUUAUCACGAUUCACCCCUCUCUGAAGGCUAACAACGACGACCUCACAUUUCACUCACACCCACCCCUCCUUUUUGUCCGUUCUUAGAGAGCCCAUCGAACACCAACAGGUGUUACUCCAGUCUUUCAGAAUUCAGAUCCUGAGAGAAAUAUAGGAAUAUCCCAAAACAAACAAGUAAUAACAUCCACAAAAAAUCCAAAUAAAGACCACCCUUCCCUUUUUCCUCCCUGCCACUUAACCCAGCAACCAAAUACUCCCCCAGUACCCCAUCUUUCCAUCAUGUUUGAACAAUCCGUAGACUCCAUACUUUCAAUUUGGGCUUCCAUGAACAGCUGGUUCACAUCGACUGUUUUCUUCGUCCUCCUAAACCUCAUGAUUGGCACUAUUGCCAUUACUUCAAGCCGAGGCAACAAAAAACACAGCAACCGAGAACAAGAAGAACAAGAACACCCAGAACGUCCCCAACUCGCUAGAUCUCCAUCCAUGUUGCAAAGGUUCAAAUCCAUCAACUUCUACAGCUACAGAUCCCAAGAAACAACCACCACCUUUGACCAAAGCUCAGAAUCGAAGACCCAUUACACUUUCAACCAGACUCUUGAACAAGAUCAGCAACCACAACUUACUAGAUCUCCAUCUAUGCUUCGGAUGCUCAAGUCCAUCAACCCCUACAAUUACCGAUCCCAAGAACCCAACCCAUCAAAUUCCCCCACAACCAUUUUGCAAAAAGCCCUCGAAUCAGAUACGCAUUACACUUUCCAACAACCCCAAGAAAAUGAGGAAGAGGAAGAAGAAGAAGAUGAGCUAGCCCCAGACCAAGACGAAGAAGCAGAAGAUGAGCUAGCCUUAGCCUUAGCCCUAUCCCAAGCCCCAGACCAAGACGAAGAUGCAGAUCAAUACGAGGUACAGUCGAUGGAUGAGAUUUACGGCAGCCUACGGGGCCCUCACGUUAGCCGAACACAUUCCGAUACCAAGCCGGCAUCCGGCGAGGUGCUGGAAAAGCUCCAAAGGAAGAUAAAGAAGUCGGCGAGCGCCAAGUCGGCGUUUGCGCAUUUCGAAGAGGAUGAUAUUGUUGAGAGUCGCCGGCCGGCAACUGUGAAGGAAGGGAAGGUUGGAGUGACAGAGGUUGAUGAUGAGGUGGACGCCAAGGCUGACGAUUUCAUCCAUAGGUUCAAGCAGCAGCUGAAGUUGCAGAGGAUGGAUUCCAUUAUGACGUACAAGGAUAUGAUCAACAGGGGGAGUUAAAAUUAAAGGUAAGUUUUAGUUUUUCGUGCUUUUGUAUUUUUUGCUAUUUCGGGGUGGUAAAAGUAUAUGAUCGGGGUCAAGAGAAAGAAGAAAGAGCCGGCCGUGGUUACCUGCAGUGCUGUGUGCGGUGGUCGGUGUUGUCUCGGUGGUUGAGGGGGAUGGUGUGGCAGUGCUCCGCUAGUGGGUGUUGGCGACGGGUUCCGGUGGUUGAACGUGUUCUCUCUGGUACCUACGAAGGUCAAUGCAACGGUGAGCGGCCGUGGGAGGCAAUCGCUGGUGGUUGAGGGUGGAGCCGGCCGUUGCAGUCACCGGUGGUUGAGAACAACUGUGGGUGUUCAUAUCCGGCUAAAUCAGGAAGGAAAAAGAUGAAAAUGUCCUAAUUAGGUGAUGGAUUGGCUGCUUUCAUUCCUAUUCUACCCGGUAAUUUUAGCUGAUGUGAUAAUGUUUGAACGAAGGCUAUAAAACAUCACUUUUACAACCUA